AUGAAUUUAAUGAUCUGUCGAAUAAAUUCAUUAAUAAUUAGAAUGGAUGAGUAUGAUGAGUAUGAUGAGUUUUCUGAUAAUUCGAUUGAAAUAGUGCUAAAUUAGUUUUAGGGAAAAGAUUCACAUCAAAUAGAAGAAAAUAUAACUGUGUACUUAAAAAAUUUGGGACUUAAAAUGAAAACUAACCCGAUGAAAAAAUAAUUGAAAUAUGAGAAGGAUAACAAUAAAAUUAUUGAUAUUCUAACUUCAAAGACCCUAUCUUCUUAUGGAAACACUUUGAAGGAAACAGAAAUCGAUUAUUUAUAAAUAAUAAGGAAAAACCCUCUUUUGCUGAGAGGUAAAAAACAAAACAAAAAAUUAAUCGUGCAACAUACAUGAAG